AUGGUGGUGCAGCAGCGAGGAGGAAGCAAUAAUUCAAGCGACAACGGUGGUACGGACAGUGAGAAUGUACCAGUAAGGAGACAGGAAGACUUAGGAGGAGCCUCUGUCACUCCUAUCAUUGAUGGGAGGGAAAACCCUCUCGUCAGCAAACCUUGGGGGAUUGCACUGAACGGAUUGCUCCCUACAACGAAAAAGCCAACAGUGUCCACUUGA